AUGUUAAAACUUGAUGUUUUCAAGUUGGCUAAAAUGGGACCCAGUAAGGGAAAGGGACCACUUAUUGCAAAAUAUGCACCUGUUGGUUUUAAGAAAGGAUUCGGUGCCAUUGGAUUAGGACGACAUACGAAAAAAGGUUUCUUUAUAAUUAAUAAAAUGCUUAUACCUAAUUUCCGAGUCCCCGACUUGAGUGAUUGCAAUCUAAAACCAUAUGUCUCAAAAAAAACGCCCCUUAUUGUGAUGAAAAAACAAUUGGGCCCCAAGAAAAAAAUUUUAAGCUAA